AUGGUUAAACGGUUUCUAGAGCUGUACAACUCCAUACAGAUCAUUAUGUCGGACCAAGAUCGCUCCUCAGAAAUGGUUCAAUUGGAGGGGAAAAGAAAUCUGGAGGAAGUCGUCAAGCUACUACAGCCCCUUAAUGAAGUAACCGAAGAUUUGAGCGGUCAAGAUUAUGCGACAAUAAGCCGGGUGCUGCCUAUCAUAUACUGCCUGAACAAUUGCAUCACUGCUAUGAAGCCAGUAUCAUCGGUUGGAAGAAACCUCCAAGCAUCCUUGUUAAGAGAAAUCCAAUCCCGAUUUGAAAGCUACCGAUCCUCACCUCUUUAUGGACCAAGUAUGUUUCUGGAUCCUCGAUUUAAAGAUGUUCAUUUCAAGAGUGCUGAUGAACGCAACGCUGCUACGGAAAUAAUCAUCCACAUGGUCCUACCUCAAGUUGAAGGAUCUGAUGAAGAUUUUGUUGGCGAGGAGCCGCCGAGGAAGAUCCCUACCGAUAAUGGGGUAUGGAGUUACCACGAAGGCAUGGUUCAACGUUACAACAACCGAAGGGUAACAAUGCGAACGCCAGACUCCAUUCGCAAGAAAAUUGACAUGUAUAUGAGGAGUGGAAUCGAAUCAAUGACGUGUGACAUUUUUCGGUACUGGGAGUGGGAGCAGCAGCAGAGCAGAUUUCUAUUUUUAUACCAGGUGGCACUGAAGCUUUUGCCAAGGAUUGCAACCUCGGUGCCAUCAGAGCGUUUGUUUUCAAAAACAGGGCGAAUUUUGAGUGAGUCUCGAAGCAGUCUCGAUCCUGAAAGAGUUAAUCGAAUAAUUUUUCUCCAUAAUGUUGAUGCUUCUGGUUUUAAAAAUGCAAAAUAAACGCCGGAAAGCAACUGAGUACUUUAAAAGUGUAUUUUUUAAUUAUUAUCGGAUAUUGGACCCGAUACCGAUAAUCAAAAUCCGAUAUCGAACCGAUUUCGAUAUUUUCAAUGACCGAUAUCGAUAUUAUCGAUAAUAACGACUUCGUCACAGCACUAG